AAAUGGGCUAUACAAAUAAAGUUGACUUGACUUGACUUGAACAAAAUAGACGAGGUUGGAUUUUAUUUUCCAGCAGCUUUUUUCAGUUUCAAAGAUUCAGAGCAGUUUGUUGUUCACUCUCACUACAGAGCUGGGCUGAACAAUUGAAAUCAGCCAAUAGCACAUCUGGACUGUUGACUCCUUCAGGCUGUUCAUUUGAGGUACAUGACAUCAGGGUCAGUUAGAGUCCACAUCAGAAAGCAAAGGGAGGCUUCCAGUGUGUCGUCAUCACAUUCACACUGAAGUCAAAAUGCUGUUUGCUGACGAGCACAUUAACUGUCCCCUCAGUCCUGCAUGAAGGCUUGCAAAUCCUCAUGAGACAGAGGAGCGUCCCCUCCUGUCCUGCUGUCCUCCUGCCUUUGUCAUGUCUCCCUGGAGAGCUCCUGUUCCCUCCUCUUCCUCUCUCUGACCUUCACUGAGAUGCUCACAUCUCCAGGAGUCGGCAGAGCUUUGAAUGUUUUGUCUCCAGCUUGACCAUCAAAGUGAAGCUUUGAGAGGCGCAUUAGUUUGUCUGUGUGUUUCUAUCAGUGUGGACCAGCAGACAGCAGACUCUCCUGUACCCAGCCGUGUGUCCAUGAAGAGUGACGGGUCCAUGUUUGAACCUCUUAAGUUCAGAGGUGGACACGACUCUGCUGAAGGAAGAGUUCAGCAGCAACAGUCAGAUGUUCUCGGUGGUCAGUCUGUCCAGCAGAAUCCAGCAGACCUGGACUCCAUAUUCAUGCAUCUUGAGGAGAACGUUGUGACUUUUGUGAAGAACGAGCUGAAGAAGAUCCAGAAGGUUCUGAGUCCAGAUUACUCAGAAAGCUUAGAGAGGCAGAGUGAGCAUGAGGAGGUGUUGGAUGGUGAGGAUGAAGAGCAGAGGAGCAGCAGCAGAGAUGCAUUUCUGAAGAUCACACUGCACUUCCUGAGGAGAAUGAAGCAGGAGGAGCUGGCUGACCGUCUGCACAGCAGAACUGUUGCUCCAGUUUGUCGACGUCAGCUCCAAUCUGAGCUGAAGAAGAAGUCUGAGUGUGUGUUUGAGGGGAUUGCUAAAGCAGGAAACCCGACCCUCCUGAAUCAGAUCUACACAGAGCUCUACAUCACAGAGGGAGGGACUGCAGAGGUCAAUGAAGAACAUGAGGUCAGACAGAUUGAAACAACAUCCAGGAAAACCACAAGACCAGAAACAACAAUCAGACAAGAAGACAUCUUUAAAGCCUCACCUGGAAGAGAUGGACCAAUCAGAACAGUGAUGACAAAGGGAGUGGCUGGCAUUGGGAAAACAGUCUUAACACAGAAGUUCACUCUGGACUGGGCUGAAGACAAAGCCAACCAGGACGUCCACUUCACAUUUCCAUUCACUUUCAGAGAGCUGAAUGUGCUGAGAGAGAAAAGGUUCAGCUUGGUGGAACUUGUUCAUGACUUCUUCACUGAAACCAAAGAAGCAGGAAUCUGCAAGUUUGAGAAGUUCCAGGUUGUGUUCAUCUUUGACGGUCUGGAUGAGUGUCGACUUCCUCUGGACUUCCACUACAAUGAGAUCCUGACUGAUGUCACAGAGUCCACCUCAGUGGAUGUGCUGCUGACAAACCUCAUCAGGGGGAAUCUGCUUCCCUCUGCUCGCCUCUGGAUAACCACACGACCUGCAGCAGCCAAUCAGAUCCCUCCUGAGUGUGUUGACAUGGUGACAGAGGUGAGAGGGUUCACUGACCCACAGAAGGAGGAGUACUUCAGGAAGAGAUCCAGAGAUGAGGAGCAGGCCAGCAGAAUCAUCUCCCACAUCAAGACAUCACGAAGCCUCCACAUCAUGUGCCACAUCCCAGUCUUCUGCUGGAUCACUGCUACAGUUCUGGAGGAUGUGUUGAAGACCAGAGAGGGAGGAGAGCUGCCCAAGACCCUGACUGAGAUGUACAUCCACUUCCUGGUGGUUCAGUACAAAGUGAAGAACAUCAAGUAUGAUGGAGGAGCUGUUACAGAUCCACAGUGGAGUCCAGACAGCAGGAAGAUGAUUAAGUCUCUGGGAAAACUGGCUUUUCAGCAGCUGCAGAAAGGAAACCUGAUCUUCUAUGAAUCAGACCUGACAGACUGUGGCAUCGAUAUCAGAGCAGCCUCAGUGUACUCAGGAGUGUUCACCCAGAUCUUUAAAGAGGAGAGAGGACUGUACCAGGACAAGGUGUUCUGCUUCAUCCAUCUGAGUGUUCAGGAGUUUCUGGCUGCUCUUCAUGUCCACCAGACAUUCAACAAAUCUGGUGUCAAUCUUAUGUCAGGAAAACCGUCAUCCUUCAGAAACAAACAGGAACAAACUCAUCUGUACCAGAGUGCUGUGGAUGAGGCUUUGCAGAGUCCAAAUGGACACCUGGACUUGUUCCUCCGCUUCCUCCUGGGUCUUUCACUUCAGACCAAUGAGACUCUCCUACGAGGUCUGAUGAAACACACAGGAAGUAUCUCACAGACCAAACAGAAAACAGUCAGGUACAUCAAGAAGAAGCUCAGUGAGAAUCUGUCUCCAGAGAGGAGCAUCAAUCUGUUCCACUGUCUGAAUGAACUGAAUGAUGGUUCUCUGGUGGAGGAGAUCCAACAGUCCCUGAGGUCAGGAAGUCUCUCCACAGAUAAACUGUCUCCUGCUCAGUGGUCAGCUCUGGUCUUCAUCUUACUGUCAUCAGAAGAAGAUCUGGACGUGUUUGACCUGAAGAAAUACUCUGCUUCAGAGGAGGCUCUUCUGAGGCUGCUGCCAGUGGUCAAAGCCUCCAACAAAGCUCUGCUGAGUGGCUGUAAUCUGUCAGAGAGAAGCUGUGAAGCUCUGUCCUCAGUUCUCAGCUCCCAGUCCUCUAGUCUGAGAGAGCUGGACCUGAGUAACAACGACCUGCAGGAUUCAGGAGUGAAGCUGCUGUCUGCUGGACUGAAGAGUCCAAAGUGUCAGCUGGAGACUCUCAGGUUGUCAGGCUGUAUGAUCACACAGGAAGGCUGUACUUCUCUGGCCUCAGCUCUGAGAUCCAACCCCUCCCAUCUGAGAGAGCUGGACCUGAGCUACAAUCAUCCAGGAGACUCAGGAGUGGAGCUGCUGUCUGCUGGACUGGAGGAUCCACACUGGAGACUGGACACUCUCAGGGUGGAACAUGGUGGACAGCAGAGGCUGAAACCUGGUCUGAGGAAGUAUGCCUGUGAACUCACAGUGGACACAAACACAGUAAACACAAACCUCAAACUGUCUGACAACAACAGGAAGGUGACAGCAGUGAGAGAGGAGCAGCCUCAUCCUGAUCAUCCAGAGAGGUUUGACUGCUGGCCUCAGCUGCUGUGUAGAACUGGUCUGACUGGUCGCUGCUACUGGGAGGUCGAGUGGACUGGAGGAGUUGAUAUAUCAGUGACUUACAGAGGAAUCAGAAGGAAAGGAAACACUGAUGACUGUGUGUUUGGAUGGAAUAAUCAGUCCUGGAGUCUGAGCUGCUCUGAUGUUGGUUUCUCUGUCAGGCACAAUAACAGAAGAACAUACCUCCACUCCUCCUCCUCCUCCUCCUCCUCCUCCUCUGUCUCUCACAGAGUUGCAGUGUAUGUGGACUGUCCUGCUGGCACUCUGUCCUUCUACAGAGUCUCCUCUGACACACUGAUCCACCUCCACACCUUCAACACCACAUUCACUAAACCUCUUUAUGCUGGAUUCGGGUUCUGGUCGUUCAGUUUCUCCUCAGUGUCUCUGUGUUCAGUGUAGGAGGGAGAGUCUCCUCCUGUUAGAGAAACACACACACACACACACACACAGUUUGAAAUAACUUGUAAUCCUUUUAAAUCUGUUUUCAUUCAGGUUUUGUAACAAAGAUUUUAGUUUGAUGUUUUCUGUACUUUACAAUCUGAACUGAUUUCUCACAUAAAUAAGCAUUUUUAUCCAAUAAAAUCAGGUUCCAGACUCUCA